AAAAAUUAGGAAGACAAAAAUAUGCGUCGAUCCAUGGACACGAAAAUAAAGAAAUGUGGUGAUGGUGAAUAAAAAAUUACAAAAAUCAAGGAAAAAACAAAUAAUUCAAUAAGAAGGAUAGAUGUCGUUUUAAGAAUAACCAAUUUGAAGUUAAUCCUAUGUGUUGGUUCAAUCUAUGUAAACCAUGAGUGCAAACAAGAAAAAACCCACGACGGCGGGUGGUGAUGCACCCGAAGGUAAAAAGAAAUAUGAUAAACAUGAUAAAGAACGGAAAGAUCUAAAGGAAAAAGGAGUCAAAUCUACGAACCUUGAUGCCCAUUCGAGAGUAAUGACCGAUAAAGAAGGUAAAAAAGUUGAAAUGUCGAAAUCAAAAAUGGCAAAAGAAGAGUCUCCUCCACCAGUUUCCGAAAUAGAAAUCACGAAGACACCAUCUCAGGUCGCUAAGGAAGAUGCGGAAUACAAAGCAAUGCUUCGGAAGCAACGCUUCAAACGUCGGUGGCCGGAGAUCACCAAAGUGAAGUUUAAAACUAAACCUUGGCAUCCACCUCCACCGCCUCAAAGACCUCCGCCGGUGAUAAUAGACCUACCUGGAUUGGCCACUCGUACCUGGGUACCGCCUUAUGCGAGGAGAAGACGGCCCAGAGCCAAGUUACCGAGGGUACCACCAGAGCAAAUAACACAACCACUGCCUUUUGCGCCUUCUAAGUUGAAGAAGAUCUGGCAUAACUUCAGCCAGGUGGACAAGAACAAGAUGAUAUUACAAGGACAUCUCGGAUGUAACUCCAAGAAGUACUCUUCAACUCAUUGUGGUGCCCAAACUGGAUGCAUAGCAGUGGCCUGCCGAGCCCUCCUAGAUGAGAAGACAGCAGCAGAGUUUGUUAAAAGUGAUGUAGAUGAACUCAUAGACGCUGGUGACAGAUAUUACAAGCAGUGCAUGAUCGCACUCAAGUGUUAUAAAGGGAAACCAGCUCUCCAAUUGAACCAGCUUCUAACUUCAUUCUACUUCCACGACACCAAGUAUACAGUCAAGUUACUGGAGAUGGACAAAGGUCUUUUGGCUAAACACCCUGAUAAUAUUCAAGCUGAUCAGGACUUUAUGGCGUUUGGAGCUGGAGCCUUCCUUCGCUACGCAGGCAUUACAUCAUUCGUCCUAGACUUUUUGUCCAACUAUGGGGAUCUGGAUGCAGCCAAGAAGGGAAACCCCAAGCCACCCAUCACACUCACCAGUGUUGAGGUUGUUCAAAAAGAACCAUUGGUUCGGGAGCCGACUUAUGACUUGGACCUUAAAGCUCUGAAGGUCCACUGUCGAAGCGAAUGGGACAGUCUGAACAUUAACGCUCUCAUUGAGAAGAAGCAAAAAGAGGGUCAGUAUCCGCUUGGAUCACUCAGUGCAGUCAGCCUGGCCACCUCGAGGGCGACACCGCGGAAGAGAGUCAGGGACUUCUAUCAAAAGAUGCCGAAAGAGCCUCCUCCGAUCUUGCCCGUGAACCCAGACAAAGCUCCUGUGAACCCCACAAACGAGCAGAUUAUGACUCUCCGAGGUGAAAACUUCUUCCUUUACUCCCCGAAACUAGAUGCACAUACCUUCGGAAGAGACGAUAUGAUACCCCUUCCGAAGUCGGAGACGAUUCUCCACAGUCCGGUGGAGAUAGCUGACCAGAAUUAUCACUCCCAAUACGUUCAACUUGAUGUUGAGAAAUGGAUCCUCAGAGGUACCAGGCACAUGGCCAGUCAUAGGUACCAAACCUUCAGGACCUACACUGGUAUAUCAUGCUGUGUAGCAGCUCUAGGUAUGUUGAGACGGUAUCGCGCCAGGGCCUGGAAUGAAGACAUGUUUGAUGAAACACUCGAUGUAGGAUUUAACUUAUUUAGGGAGUCGUUGGUGGAACGAGGUGGUCCUAUCCGAAGGUUGGUGCUUGGAGAGCUGAAGGAUACCUUCAGGAUUCGAGACCGCGAGUACAAGCAUAAGAUUCGAGGCAUCGCCGUCUGGGGCAAGUUGAUAUCAAACAAUCCAAAAGUGUUCGAUCUCUGCCGAGGAAUCGAACACUUCUUCAAGGAAUCAGACUCGGGGAUCCUGCAAGUCCCGGGAGAAUACGAGACGGCGAUCUGGUUUGAGGGUGGCAAGUAUUACUUGUAUCACCCCUGGCCUGCUGAUAGAUAUGGCACCAGGGUGGGUCUUCAAGACGGAGGCAAAGGCUGUGUGAUGUACUUCCCAAGGGUAUCUCGUCUUUGUGAACAUUUCAUGGACAAUGUCUCUAAUAUGAAGAGGAAGCCGUUCAGCAUCAGCGACGUCGCCGUCACCCAGCAGAGCGUUGAUAUGCCUGAACCUGUGAACAAGAUGAAGCCGGUGGCACCAGGUCGUUGGAUUGUCCGCGGCAGUUUCCACGAAGCAGACGCUCGGUUCCCUGAGGAACACCGCGGUAGACAGGCCACGCCUGUCUCUAUUGCUGCCCUUGCUAUGACUCAAGUCGUAGACCCAGCUGAUUGGACCUCUGAUGAUGUUGAUGAGACCCUCGUCCGAGGAGAUAUCUUAUAUCAAAGUACGAUGGAACAUCUUGAGAAGAUGGGCAUCAGCUUGGACUCGCCGAAGACCUUCGAGGAAGGCGGUGGUGAAGAGGAGGAGGUUCGGUCAGGAGAACCUUCCUCUGGCACCUUGGCUGCAGCUGAUGUCCUGAACAGGUUCAAAGUAUCGGAAUAUGAUUGUAUAGAGACUGAAGUUAUGGAUAGUGCGUUUAACGGGACUCUAAAUCCUGAUGCCGGCGCCGGAGCACCAGCUCUGAAGGACGUGCUGAAGCAGUUCUUCAAGGAGAACACUCAUGGAGUGUUCACAGCUCGAGGUGGUUCCACUGCAAUCUGGAAACAUGAUGGACACUUCUACUUCUUCGAUCCUCAUGGCUGUGAUGAGAACGGUCUACCAUCAGAAGAACCUCGUGCCACAGCCUGCCUCGUCCGUAUAAAGGGCAAGGAGACUGAACUAGCAAACGUUCUUCUAAGCAACCUGGCGCCAGGCAGCGAUGACAGUUUCAACAUAUCUCCCGUCGCCAUUACUGCAACUAAACUUAAUGCUGAGAUUGGAGCUCCGGAGACUAAACUUGAAAGCAAGGCCUUUGAAUGGAUCAAUAAAGGGACGGCCGCUAUCAUGAUGGGACCUCGAGGUGAAAACUCGGCCAUUGGCAAAGCGGCUGAAAAGGCUGGUAUCAAUUCGGAUGACAUGGCAGGACGAACUAUUGGCCUGCCUGCCGCAGCUGCCUUCGCGGCUGCCACUGAGUCCGUACCUCCGCCGCAUAUGCACCAAGAUCAUAUGUUUAACUUCCUUGACGCUGGAGCAGAUUAUUAUCUGAAUCACUUAAAGAAGACGGGACGACAAACUAUAGAGCCAGAAGAUUUGACUGAGAAGUUCGAGAUGGGUGCCAACACUUUUUCCAUAGAACUUGGAGAAGCUAUCAGACUGCCUUUACGACUGCCUGAUGAAACUCCAGGAGAAGGAGAAGGCGGUGGCGGCGACAAAGAAGGCUUAGGAGAAGGAGAAGAAGAAGUGAAAGAUGAAAUGAAACACAUGAAGGAUCUGCUCUUCAAGAUGUGGUAUGAUACCACAAAACCGACGACUAUAUCGUUACUGGUUGGCGAUUACCAUCAGCUCGGGCUUUGGAUGGCAGCAGGGGGUAAAGUGGUGGCCUUCGACCCUGCACCCACUAUGGUCAAGGGUCUGUUGACCUCUCAGAGGAUUAAGAAAGGUGAUGAGCUGAGGCUACAGCGUUUGAAGGAUGAGAUGACUGGCGAAAGCGCUGGCGAUGCAGGAGAUGAAGAUGAAGAAGCCGGCGGCGAGGGUGAAGAGAAGCCAGAGCCAGAAAUUGAAGUGGUGCCGCCGGAGUCAUGUCCAGUGCUCAUCGUGGCCGCUAGUCCUGGAGAGUUUAUCGACAAACUCACUCGGCAAGGCGGUCUGGACCCGAAGCAGUGUAUAGCACCUUACAAGCUGUACCCAGUGAAGGUCAUUAAUGAGUUGACAUCAGUCCUGCGCGAGAAGAGAGGAGGUCCCGUCAAGGAAAAGGCGGAAGGUGAUGAGGAAGGCGGUGGAGCUUCGGAAGAGGUUCUGGUCCCUGCUCUGGAUGACUCUGCUAUGGGCAAGUACAUGGACCGCAUAUCUCGGUCCACUGCGUCGGUCAGAGCCAGACUGGCACAGAACGAGAAUUACUUCAUGGAUCAACCUAACAGGGAUAAUCAGGACGCAGCCAAUGCAGUAAUGGGUAUAGUGGUCCACCACAUAGAGCCUUACAUGUUUUGGAAACCAGAACUCUUGGACGCUGUACUCAAGUACGGAGACAGGCUCUACACGAUGUCUAUAGGGAAUGCAUCAUCACCACCUCAGCUUAAGCCCAAAGAAAUGGUACCAGAAUUCCAUGUCACGAAUUUCAAUGUGAAAUUGGAGAUAGAAGGUGACGUGGCCGGAGGGGACAUCAAGGCAGGCGAGACUGGUAGUGUGAACAGUCUGAAGAAGGCUAUCACUAGUUUCUUCACAUCGCACAAGUACGGUGUUCUAUGCGCAAAAGGCUACUGUGUGGGGAUAUGGAAGGGGUCUGAUGAUAAGUCCUUUGUUAUGUUGGAGCCACACGCCGUAGGUCCAGCUGGGAAGACUUCCCCAGCUGGAGCAGCAGCACUGGUGGUCUUCUCCAACGUCGAGGAGUUGGCAGACACCUUCAGAGCUAACGUCGAAGGUCUCAUGAAACCUGGAGAUAACAAGUUCUAUAUAUCGGCAGUAAAAGUUUUCUGGGAAUUUUCGAAGUUGGCGAGUCCAGUCACUCCUCAGGGAGCCGUGCCUGAUGAGGGAUAUGAGUGGAAGGUCCUCACUGCGUUCGUGGAGACAGCCAGAGGGAGGACCAUUUUGAGAGGGACCAGACCUCCUGAUCUAAUGAAGUUCACAAGGGACGCGUUGCUUCAAUCAGCUUGCGCGGCCAUUGUAGGCGCCGCGAUGUCCCACGUUCGACGUCCGCACCUGUGGACUAGGAAGACGGUGGACGAAGUCAUUUCCGUGGCCUGUCAUCUCUUCACGGCGUCUCUUGGAUCCCUUGGAUAUGAGUUCCGACCUGGUGAAGAUGUUUUGUUACCUUUACAGGUACUAAAACGCUUCGUCCUAGGAGUGAACUACGUUAGAUACGACCUUGAAGAAGUCUUCACAGGGAAAUUGGAACAGAAGGAACCGACACAAAUGACUGUCAGAUGUGCUUUAGAGCGCUUCUUCGAGGCUCAUACCCAUGGCAUCCUAUGGUCGGUGCCCCAUGCUGUAUGUGUGUGGCGCGUGGCUGGAGCCCCAUCGUUCUACAUGUUCGAGCCCCAUGCCUGUGGACCGACGGGACUGCGAGUCGAUGCCAUGGACGACGGUGCUGCUUGCGUCCUAACUUUCACAUCUCCGAAAUUGAUGGCCUUUGCGUAUCUUCAAAAUGUCCCGGUAACUGAACGACCCAAACAUGAUUUCCAACUCUAUGCUAUGUCUAUAACGGUGCAACCGAUUAAGAAAAUGGGAGGAGUCGAGCCUCCGAUAGUGAGGGCACCGCCUGGAGUCAAACUUGUACCUGCUACUAGUAAGGUGGGUAUAGAUGGUAGCAAGCGCAGAGCUGAGGAGAAGGACCGCAAGCAUCCACCAGGAAGCGCCACUUGCAUGGACGCUCAGCGUGCCGCUGAAAAGGCAGACAAGGAACAAACUAAACUGAAAGGUCAGCGUAACACAAGUGGUUGGCUGGUCCUCAACGACGGUACUCAGUUCAUGUCGGCUCAGCACUCGAUAGCCUGCAGGAAGUUCCCGUGUGCUUCUAGAGGAUGCCAGGCCUUAGCAUGCUCAGUAAUGGCAGUGGCUAUGUCUCGAGUCGAGGAUGUGUGCCGCUGGUGCUCGUCCACCCUGGACCAGGUCCUGGAGAGCGGAGACCAGCUGUACCAGGACAGCUACCUACACUUCCAUCCAUCCACUAAGAUAUUAAACAUUGAACAGAUUCUUCGAAAGUUCUAUACACCAGGCAAUUGUGUUUGUCGUGUAGUCGUCUAUAAGUCCAGACACAAGGGUGUCGUUGAUGCCGACCUAGUUGAACAGAUAGGAGAAUUCUUCAGAGAAGAGAAAGCGGGAGUCUUCGUCGCUGGUAAAGGAGACUUUGCUGUGGCAUUGUUCAGGACACCGCGUGGGUAUUACAUGUUUGAUCCGGCUGACCGAGAUCGUUACGGGCGUGCGGUAGCGCCGCCUUGCAUCGGCAGAGCCAGGGCCUGCUUCUCACAAUACCCUAAUGUACAAUGCCUAGCUGAGAAGCUCGGUCCGAACAUACCGCCCACGUGUGAAGUUAAAUUGGAAGAAACACCACGAAGAAUCAGCAAACAGUUAGAGCCCGUUAGUGAAGAUGAAAAAGAGGUAAAAUUCACGGAGCCAUCGUCAUUUUCGAUUUACGGCAUGGAUGUAACUAGUUUACGUAGACUGAAUCAACACGAGCGAUAGAACGGCAAUAAGUCGCUGUCUAUCGGCCAGUUUUAAUAACCUAUGCCUUUAGCCAAACGCCACUUUAGCGCUUGUCUACAGAGAGAGUAGAAAACUAAAUGUAUGGG